AGCCAUUCCAUCUGGUUCAAGAGGUCAGCUUACUUCACUGUGGUUAUUUUGUUAUCUUUUAAAGGCAAGUUUAUGCAAUAUUUUGAUUCAUUGUAAAAAUUACAUAAGUUACUGCUCAUGUUUGGUUUCAUUCCUGUCUUCAUUUAGUUCUAAUCUUCAUUUAGUUCAAAUUUUAAUAAUUUAAAUCAAGUCUGCUCAGUGCUUUUAUCUAAAAUUAAAGUUAAGCUAUUCCAUUCCAAUUUGAUUUAUUUGAAUUUGAGGAAAUUUGAUCUCCAUUCAACUCAGUUUUAAUUCUAUUUUGCAGUGCUGUAUCAAGUUGUAUUUAUAAGUAUUGGAUCCAGAGGAUUUUCAGUCAACUUCUACAGAUGUUUUCUUUUCUAACUUCUUUGAAUUACUUCAAAACAACAGUACAAGUUGUAAAAACUCACUCAAAAGUUGGAGAUCUUCCUAAAUUAUUUACUGUAAAACAAUUUGUUAGUGGUCAUUACCAUUUUAAAAGACAAUUAUCCUAUUGCCCAACCAUUGGUAGCCAUGCUCUGUAUAAGUAUAAUGGAUUAACUUCAUCGCAUCAAACAAAAGUUCAUCACCAUACAAUGAAUACAUGUUCAGGGGCAGACAAACUAAUAGAAUCUGCCACUAAAGAUAUGUCGGCACUAUCAAAUGCUAAAUGUAUUGCUGACCCUGACUCUAGGACUGCUGAAGUGACAGGUCAAGCUAUGAAUGAAGCCAGGGAGAUUUUCUACCAUGCUGUGAGCUCUGUUCUUCCUCAGCAAAUGAUAUGGAGUGUAAGUAGAAAAUUAGAUCUACCUCUUUGUACGAUAAAUGGAAUAUUAAUGAUAAUAGGAUAUUAAUUAAAUGAAAUGUUGUUAGACAAACUUAAUGUUAGAAUUUUAACAUUUUUUAAAAUUAAUUGAUUUGUAAAAUCAAUCCACUUUCUCUUUGCCCAAUGAUAGUUUUAAUUUUUAUGAUAUAUAUUUCCAUAAAAUGAUACAAAUUAAUUAUUGCUGUUAAAACUAUCAAAAAGUUAUGAGGAAUGUUUCAAUGUUGUUAUUUGAAUUUAAUUUAUCAAGGAUACCAAAUAGAAUUGAGGAUCGAGUCCUCUUUUAAGGCGUUUGGAUUCGGUUCAGCUUGGGUUUGGUUCUAUAAAGGUUUAAUUUUGAGUUUACUUCGGUAUCAUUUAUCAACUACAGCUUCAGGUUUUGUUUGGCAACCACUGAAGUUUGGCCCCUUAUGUAAUUAUCACACUUUAAAAAAGUAGUCUAGUUUUAAUUUAAAUAAAAGAAAUAUUACAUUUUAGAAACAUAAACUUUUAAAAUAGAAAUACAGUAAAAAAGAAAAAAAUACAGUUUCUUUAGCUUUCUUACUACACUAGGAUUUAUAUAACUAUAAAUAAUGAGUGGGUCGCUAAAAUUAAAUGAAAAUGAAGGAGUAGGGAAACAUAAAUUUGUAUUGGGUUUAAUUUGAAAUUGUUUAUGUUUAUUGAAAGGACUUUGUUUUUUAACUGUAAAAGUUGCUAACACAGGAUGAAAAAGUGUGAGCUACAAUAAGUUGUUUAAUAUGUGUUGCAUUAAUACAAACCAAGCGAAACAAGGUUUGGAGGGAGGGGUGAGAAGUGGGUAGGAGAUGAUUAAACAAAAAUCAUUUUGGUUUACAAAAAAUUGUUGGCUUUUGGGUUUACUCGUUUUAAUUAAAAAAAUAAGCAAACAUGGUUUAAGUAAUGAUGUGCCACAUUCCUUAAACAUUUUCGGUUCUAAUUAGUUUACAAUAGGUUCACUCGGGUGGUUUUGUACUCAGUAACAUUGAUGUUUUAGUUCGGUUCAAGUUCUGUUGUCAGCAGGGUUUGGCUUCUGUUUGGUCAUCGAUGGGGCUAGAUUUUGGUGGUCGGUGCGGGUUCAGUUUGAUUCCAUCUCUAAUAUCUAACUCAGUUGCAAUGAUUUUAAAAAAACAUGACUAUCACUAAAUAGAUGAAUUAAUUAUUCAAGUUGGCAUGAUUUCCCCCUAACAGAAGCUUCACUACAACCCAAACACCCUUACACUGACUGCUAAUGGCCUGGAGUACAAGCUUAACAGUAAUCUCUAUGUGGUGGGCUUUGGUAAGGCUGUCCUUGGGAUGGCCAGAGCCCUGGAAGAUUGCAUUGGUGACCAGAUAGUGAAGGGUGUCAUCAGUGUACCAGCCGGCAUACAGCAAGCUUUGAGUCAGGCAGGCAAACAGUAAGCAAAAGUCAUUAUCAAUAUACUUGUAACUCACCUAAAUGGCUGAGCGUUAGUUCUCACUAAAACUACUACACAAUCUUAUAAACACUUCGUUUAAGCUUAGAACUUGGGCGUAGGAACAGAGAGCAGCAGGGGAGUUUUUGCCUCGGGGCUCUUUUCUUUUCUCUAUUGGAGGGGCAGCAGUAUUGACCAACUGUAGAGUUUUUAUGGAAAGGUGGUGGCGAAAAUCAUGGCAGCCCCUGGUGGCACUUAUCCCAGCUAUGCCACCAGAUUUGUGCUGUUUUGAACUUCUUUAUUACUUAUAACAGCAUAAUAUUAGCUACACUUGAAUGGGUCUAAUUUAGUUUUUUGGUUCACUAAAAAUGUAGCAUGACUUUUGUUCCUUGCACAAAAUAAUUUUUACUGUAAAAAAAUUAAUUUCUUACAAUUGCAUUUUAAAAUAUAUUUUUAAAUGAACCAGGAACAUUGUUAAUUAAAACAGAAAUUUUCAGCUUUUAAUGAAUAUUUUAUAAGUAAAGACAUGAAAGAAAUGUUCCCAUCAAGUUCUAAUUAUUUAUCAGUUACUUAAUAAAUUGAUUAGGCUAAGGAUUGAGAACUUUGAUGUUUAAAAAAAGAGGUUAUGCUCCCUAGGGACAUGCUUCUGAUGCCCUCCACAAGAAUCAAUGUGAUUGAAGGUGCAGCAAACAAUCUGCCUGAUGCCAGUGCCCACCAGGCAGCCCUGGAGAUAACAGAAAUAGUCAAAGAAGUGGGUCAAGGGGAUGUGCUGGUGGUACUUGUAUCAGGUGAGACUGGCCGUUGUUACUUUAAACUUUUAAAAUGGCAUCACCAUUUUCCAAGUUCUUGUAGAUUUUUUUAAUGUAAAACAAAAUACAGUAGAAGCAAAGUUACACGUUAUGUAACAUUGAAGCUUAAUAAUCUUUACAAGACAUUUUUUUAAAAUGUAUUAGAACUUUAUUUAAUAUUUUUCUCAUUCUUACGUUCCAUAUAUUGACCAAAGUAACUCAUCAGUUUUUUCAAUAUAAAGUUGAAGGAGUAAAUUAUUAAAACAAUCUUAUAUCUACUGUAAAUGGUGUGUACAAACACACAUUCUGUCAUUUAGGUGGAGGAUCUGCACUCUUGCCAGCCCCAGAGCCACCAGUUUCUCUAGAGGACAUUCUGUGUCUUACUAAACUCAUGUCCAGGUCAGGGGCCAGUAUCAUGGAUCUUAACACAGUUCGCAAACACAUUGACAUUCUAAAGGGUGGAGGCUUAGCGGAGUUGGCGUACCCAGCUAAGGUUAGUGUUUCAGUAUUACAUCAGUAUACAAACAUAACACAAGCCCUUAUUUAAUGGAGAUCAAUGGAACCUAAUAUAUUUUUUAAUAAGUUAAAAUGUUUUGAACAAAGAAAGAAGCACAAAAAAACCUUUUGGAAGAUCCUUAAUAAAAUACCUGUUAGAAGAUGAUUAAUAGAUUUUAAUGAAAAGUUUUAAGGUAUUAGUAAUGAAAAGUUUAAAGGUAUUAGUAUUUUAUAUUUUAAAAAAUUGUAUUGUAUUAUUAAUCUUUAAUUUGCUUUGAUUUUGAAAUUUGUUCAGGUAAUUUCCCUUAUACUUUCUGAUGUUAUCGGAGACCCGCUGGACUUUAUUGCAAGUGGACCAACAGUACCUGACUCCACAACACCACAAGAUGUCCUGGACCUUUUCUCAAAAUUGAGCAUUACAGAAUCUGUACCUGAAACCAUCUUAAAACUUAUCCAAGGAAAAGUUGAGCAGACUUCAGUGGGACCAAUGAGUACAAAUACUAAAUGUGCAAGACAUUUGAUGGACUGGUCUUAUGUUCAGAAUAUCCUUGUUGGCACCAACAAAAUAGCUUGUGAAGCUUCAUGUAUCAGAAGUUUGGACUUCGGUUACUUGCCCUACAUUUUGAGUACUGAACUCCAGGGGGAGGCACGGGAAGUGGGUAAAUGGUUUGCCAGACUUGGACAUUGUUUACACAUUUAUUUUCAAUCACAAAAUGAAGAGGAAUUAAUUAAAUUGAAAGCGCUUGAAAAUUCUCUACUGACUUUGUGUAUUGCCAAAGAGAAAGUGGAUGAAAUAGUCCAGUUGGCCACAUCUGUUAAAAUGUCACGUAAGCAGGGAAUUUGUUUGGUGGCUGGGGGGGAAACGACGGUCAACGUGAGAGGGGAGGGUAAGGGGGGACGAAACCAAGAAAUGGCGGUGUCUGCUGCCGUAGAGCUCGACAAGAAAUCAUCAGAGCUGGUCAAACAGAGGGAGAACCCUUCAUUCACAAGUGUCGCGUUCCUGUCUGCAGGGACAGAUGGGCAGGAUGGACCCACAUCAGCAGCGGGUGGUGUGGUCUGCAUAGAUUUUGUUUCACAUGCCUUUAGGUCAGGUUUAAAGGUAGAAGAUUACCUAGCAAGAAAUGACACUCACACGCUGCUAUCAAAGAUAAGCAAUGGUACAAGUUUAGUGGUGACGGGUCUGACAGGUACGAAUGUUAUGGACAUUCAUGUGUUGCUUGUUAAAACAUUUAUUAAAUGUAAUUAAUGUUUCAUUAUUACAAUCAAAGAUGUUCUGGGAUUCAUUACUCCUCAUUUUGUGCCCUCCUUCUAAAAUUCCUUAAUCAACAUAUUUUUGCAUUGAGAAAAUAAAGAGUUUUGCUCAAGCUUAUAUAUUACACAAUUCCAUUUUUUAUUGAUGUUAAGAGACAGAAUUUUUAAAACUUUAUAUUAAAAGUACAGUUGAUUCACUGAAUCCUGGAUUCUUAUGUUUAUUUCCCAUCCCUUUUAAAGCAUUAAAAAAAAAAUUCAUGUGCUUAAAUUAACAUCAGAAGGAAAUAUUUGUGUUGGUCAGUUUUUAUGGACAGGACUUCCAGGGGCAAAUGGCAAAAGUAAGAUGAAUCACUGCUUAUUUCAAGUUUGCUUCAUUUUAUUGAGGAAUGCACAACUCAAAAUGUAAGGCAGGCCGUAAUACUUUAUGAAAAACUUGUGCGGGCCAAAAAAUAAUAGGAUAAGGGGGAAAGCUAUAAAGAAAAUUAUAAUAAAGAAUAUUUAGUUACUUUGCAGGCCCCAAAUGGGUGCUGGCGGGUUGCAUGUGGCCCCCGGGCCGGGCCGUAUCUUGUGUAGGCCUGCAGUAAACGAUAGACAGAAGUUUAAUGUCAUCUUUUUUUUUGUAAUCAACCUCAUAACCUUUUUA